AGAAACUCGCAUGUUUAUGCUAACAUAGACGUAAACGUACUGACACAGAGCGACAGCACUGAAUAAGUACUGAAGUACUGGACAGUUUACAGUGACUACAAGGUGCAAUCCGUUCUAAUGGAGUCAGAAAGUGCGGAUGUGGUGCAGUCAUUGGGUCCUGAGGAUGAACCAGCCUCUUCAUCCGUGUCAGUUAACACUGAAAAUGACAACUCAAGCCAAAAUACUGAGAUUAGCAGUAAGGACACUUCACAGAAGGCCGGCCAGGUGAAGCAACUGUGCCGCUUCUACUCUCAGGGCAGGCAAUGCUAUUAUGGGAAAAAAUGCCGCUUUCUUCAUCAAAGAGCUGCGAGUGCACAGAAGGACGGAGAGAAUGGUACAGCUCACAAUGAGAAAGAAGGAAAUUUGGAUGGUCACACAUCAGACCCACAGAAGCAGUCGAGUGAAAACGGACGCUCUGGUACAGUGGAGCAUCUGCCUCCACCCAGCCACAAAACUGUUCCUGUGAAGCAAGAGAGAGCCAGGCGACCCUGCCGCUACUUCCUGUCUGGGUUUUGUGCAAUGGAGGACCGGUGUCGCUUCUUGCAUCCACAGCCAUUUUCGCCCAUGGAGAACCAGCCUCACGGCCCGAAAAAGAGAAGCAGCUUCAGGCCUUCUGCUCCGGCCACACGGCCAGCUAAAAGUCAAGAGCAGGUCAAACUGGCUGAUCUCACUGACGAGGUCUGCAAGCAGCUGAGAGCCACUGAGAUCGCUCAGCUCACGAAGAGAUUUCCAAAAGACAAACUCAUUGUGCAGGAACGAGAAGAUGGACAGCUGACCUACUACAGAGUCACUGUUCAAGCCACGGACCCCGACUGGCCAUUUGACCUUAAUGAAGUGGACGUCAUGGUCAGCUUUCCUGAGCGUUACCCUCAAGAGGUUUUCACUGUGGAUGUCCCUGAAGACCAGGAAUUACCAUCAGUCAUGGGGAGACAUGUGCAGAAGGCCUCAGAGGAAUGGCUAAAGGCUAAACAUGCCACUAAUCAGCUGAUGGGGAGAGUCGAGCUGCUCUUCAGGCCGUACUUGCGCUGGCUGGACCGUAGUAUGGAGAAACUCUUUACUGAGGGAGCCAGGCAGUUGAAAAAAGAUGUUGACCUAGAGAGGGCUGGAAUACAGUUUGUCCCCUAUGAGCAACUCAAGGUCACUGUUUUUAAGAACACAUCCAAGAAAUCGGACACUCCUGAGCGUAUAGUGUCACUCACUGUGGCUUCAGGGGAGGAGGUGGAGGAGGAAGAGCUUGAUGAAGCUGGAGUAGAGAAGGAGGAUGAGGAUGAGACUGCUCUCGGUAGUGAUGGGGAGGAAGGCAGCCAAAAUGUGGAGAACAUAAAAACAAGAGAGCGAAGGAGAGGCACUGAAAUCAAACUGCUGGGUCUGAGACUGGGAGAACAAAUAGCUACUGUGGCGGCCAAACAGAUCUCAGUGUCUCUGAAGUGCAACAGGUGUAAAGUGGAUUCUGACCUGACCCUGACCGGGCGUCUGACCUGUACUGCUCAGUGUGAGAAAUGUCAAGCAGGGAUCAGGGCUGCCUUCAGACCCAGUAUGCUGCACCACUACAGUGAUGUUUUGGGCUAUCUGGACCUUAAUGCAGUUGUGCCUGUAGAUCUGGUACUGAAGGACUCUGUGUUCACUGUGGGUUGCCUUAACUGCAACAAGGAAGACACAAUUCAGGUGCCAAUUAAUGAGACCAACACGCAGUUUGUGGAGCAGACCAUCGCCAUCAUGAAGAACCUUCUUGACAACCAUACGGAAGGAAGCUCAGAGCAUCUGGGUCAAGCCAGCAUUGAGACCAUGAUGCUUAACCUGGUUUAA